UCUUGAACCAUAUUAUAACCGCGGCACAUAACACAGAAAUUUUGGUUAUUCGCUUGGAUUUGAUUCUAUUUGCGCUUGUGUUGACGCUUCAGUGUUAUGUGUUCUGUGAAUGACGCUACUGACCGUUAAAUGUACAAAAUAUAUCCAUUCAAAGUUUUCCAGCACUUGGACAAAAACAAGAAUCAAAAAAUUGUAUGUCCACUUUUUUCCAUCCGUGUAGGUACUGUAGUCUUCUGCUGCGCUGCAGUUAAAUAUUCACGAUGUUUUUUGAGAUAUCCCCAAUCAAGCCAGAAAAAAAGGUAAAACCAGCAGCUUUAGAGACUGCUGCUCCAGAAAUAGAAGUAUUAUCUUUAUCUCCAUUUACACCAAAUCCAAAACUAUGCUUUGAGGAUGUGAUUCCUGGGCAAACUAGCACAAGAAAGCUACUAGUCAAAAAUCCAACAAAAAAUGAUAUAACUCUAUUUUUAUCUAUUAAUGGUGCACCUGAACAGGUCUUGAGUCCCAGUUGGACGGAGAAGACUCUGGAUAGUGGCUCAGAAACAUUAUUUGAGUUACAAUGGACUCCAAAGGGGGUAGUUCUAUGCAGGAUUUACUUAGUGUUUGAGGAUUACAAGAGAUACAAAAGAGAGAUACCCGUAGUUCUCAAAACUAUAUCACCAAAGAAAUCAAUGAAAGGGGCGAAAAAGAAGACAACGGCAUCUCCCAGUAAGAUGCCCACUGUUAAGUAUUAUACAAACAAGCCUCCAAAAGUAUCGCCGACUAAAUUUUCACCUAAGACUUUGUCCAAAAAAAAAACAAAAUCGCCUAUAAAACAACCAAAGACGUUAUCCAAAACGCACAUAUCACCUAAAUUUCAGACGCAGAACUGUAUUACUCCUUCUCCAAAGCGUAUUUUCCCAUUUUCACCAAAACAUUCUGGAAGCCCUCAAAAUAUGAUACCUAUCUCGGAGUUACCUGCUCGUGCCUUGCCCGUAAAUCAUGGCCAAUCUUUCAAACAUACAUGUGUUGAAGAUAAAGAAAACAGCGAAAUGUUUACGUCACCACAUAACUCGAUGUUUUGGUUAAAUUCGCCUGGAAGCAUGCCAAGAAGGGAUACUUAUUCUAUUAAGACCGACAUUGAGGAAAGAAGAGGUACCUAUUGUAUAAAGACUGACAUUGUGGAAAGACAGUGCACAUAUGUAGUUAAUGAACGCAUUAUGGAUGAUGCAAUGUUUAUUUCUGAAAAACACACUGAUUCUCCAAAGUUUAACGAUAGUUUAGAGGGAGACUCUCCUUUAAAAUCAUGCAACAUUACACCAAAAAUUCCAAGAAUUGUUCUCAAUGAAUAUACUCGCGAUAACACAUAUGAUGACUUGUCGUUAUCUACCUAUAUUAACAGGAAAUUGGACGAGGAUCCUCCACAACCCAAGAGUCCAGCAUUUGUUUUUGAAAAUACCUUCAGAGAGGCUUUCAAAGAAAACGUUCCAUCAUACAGUUCCUCCAAUAUGCACGACUGCAAAAACAUUAGUAGUGCCUCGUAUACUAAAACAUAUGUAGAUGAUACCUUAAUCAAUGGAAGAAUCAUGGAAAAUAGUGUGCCAUAUAAAUUAUUGAACGUGAACGAUAUAAUAAAUAUUAGUAGUGCCACUUACACUAAAACGGAUAUCUCUUUGGACACUGUAGCUAGCUUGUCACCCCACGAAAUCAGGUAUACAUCAUCUCCUAAACAAUUUGGUGAAGCUGAAUACGUCGCUCUUACUAGGAAACGGUUGAGUAAAAUCGAAGAAGAACGGAACCCCAUCGAAAGAAGCUUAAAACGUAGAAGAGACGAAAGAUUUACCUCACCUCCUCGUAAAAGACCAAGCACAUUUAGCUGGCUGAAUGACUGGUCCAAAAGAAGUGGAGUAGCAGUGAGAGUAGCUAACAAAACUCCUGGUUUGAACCUAGGCCAGUUCCAGCCAAAGACAAAAUCUGAAACCACUAUUGCCAAAACGGAUACAAGCACAGUCAUUAUCAAAGAUCCCUUCUUAUUAGCAGCUACAAACCUUGCAGAUCCAUUCAUGACUCCUCAACUUCGCAUCGAUGAAGGCUGGAUAGAACAGCAACAGGUUAACUUCAAAAAGUGGCUGAAUGCCUUGCUUACUCCCCCUGAAGAGUUGUCGUCUGAUGAGAAGUCAGUUGAUGUAGCAAAAGUUUGGCAAGAAUGCAAAACUAAGGAAGUACAACUUGCGCUCACGAAAGAAGUCAUGUCCAAUAAAAAUUAUACCAAUCACAAGUUGGAUAGGAUCCGAAAAGCAGCAGUGGACUUAUAUAUGUCACCAGAGAUGACUCAGGUGCUGAUAAACUUACACAAGUCCAUUGAUAGUGGCAAAAUUUCUGUGAGGGCCGAUAAGGAUAUACACCUGAACUUAUCUUUGAAGACAGAUAUCAUUAAUCUUAUAAAUAAUUACAAUCCUCUAUGGUUGAGGAUUGGUAUAGAAACAAUCUAUGGAGAAGAAAUACCUAUGCGAUCUAAUUCUGACGUCGUCAGUUUAAAUGUGUUCAUCGCAGACAGAAUGCUGAAAGACCCCAACCUAAUAAAAAAGCACAAAACAGUGCAUGGAAAAACCUAUAAAGUAGAGUUAAAGAAGUUCUUUUUGAAAAAAUUCUUAACAUUAGUCUACUUCCUGGAUCAAGCAAAAAAUAAAAAACUGAUUCCACACGAUCCUUGUCUAUUCCGGAAGCAACAUAUCAAAGAACCUGUAAAAGAGAGUAAAGAACUUCUUUUCAGACUCGCCAAAGAAGUAGUGUCAUCUAUUGGAGAUAUCACAAAGUUUCUUAAGUAUCUGGGUUACGUGGUGACUCAUCGUCAAACCUACAUUCAUGAAUUCGACUAUGCAGUUCAGCACCUAGGUGUGGAUCUCAGAGAUGGUGUGAGAUUAACCAAAUUAAUGGAGGUCAUCCUGCUUCAGAAUGAUUUAGCAGAUAAACUUAGAGUUCCCGCAAUAUCCAGAUUACAAAAGAUCCACAAUGUCCAAAUUGUAUUUGAUGCUUUACAGCAAGCUGGGUACAACAUUUUGUAUGACAUCACACCCAAAGAUAUAGCCGAUGGACACAAGGAAAAAACCUUGUCCUUUUUGUGGCAGAUCAUUUACAAAUUUGAAGCACCUCUCUUAGUGAAGAGCGCCACUACUGUUCAGAAAUGGUUUAGAAGCCUUCCCGUCGUUCUGAAAAGGAGGCAUUUAGAAAGAGAAAAACUACGAAAAGAGAGUGCUGCCAAAAAGAUACAGCAAUGGUACAGGCGUCAAAACCUCAGCAAGAAACUUUCCGAUCUUGCUUAUAAAAUGAGAAUUUAUAAAGAGUCCAAAGAACGACAACGAGCUGCUAUUAAAAUACAAACAUACUACAGGGGCUAUGUAUGCAGGUAUAUAUAUUUGAGACAAAAGAGGCUAGUUACAUCGCUGCAAAGCCAUUGUAGGGGUUGGUUAGUCAGGAACGUUUAUAAAAAUCAGAUACGCCACGUCGUCGUUAUACAAAGUUAUAUAAGGAUGUAUUUAGCAAGAAAACAGUACCUUGAACUGAAAGAUGCCACAAUAUUUGUGCAAAGAAGAUAUAGAUCUUUAAUGUUGAUGAGGGAAGAAAGAAGUAUUUUUGUUGAAGUUCGUUGUGCUACUAUAGCCUUACAAAGAAUGUUUAGAGCAAACAGGGUAAUGGUUCAAGAACGAGAGAGAUAUCGACAACUUAGAAAAUAUGCUAUUGUUAUUCAGCAACGGCUCAGAUCCAAUAAGCUUGCUAUUGCAGAAAGAAGUCGUUAUUUGGCCUUGAAGAGUGCGUGUAUCUUCGUACAGAAAAGAUUCAGGGCCUUGCAGUUAAUGAAAAAAGAGAGACAGGCUUUUCUUGAACUCAGGUCUGCUACAGUAUUAAUACAGAGACGCUUCAGAGCAAAUAGGUUCAUGGUUGAAGAACGAGAAAGAUAUCAGCAACUUAGGCGAUCUGCUGUCGUCGUUCAACAACGGUUUAGAGCUAAUAAGCUAGCUAUUGUAGAAAGACAAUGGUAUUUGACCUUGAAGAGCGCGUGUACCUCUGUACAGAGAAUAUUCAGGGCCUUGCAAUUAUUAAAAAAAGAGAGAUAUGAUUUUCUUGAACUCAGAUCUGCUACAGUAUUAAUACAGAGACGUUUCAGAGCAAAUAGGUUCAUGGUUGAAGAACGAGAAAGAUAUCAGCAACUUAGGAGAUCUGCUGUCGUCGUUCAACAACGGUUUAGAGCUAAUAAGCUUGCAAUUGAAAAGAGGGAACAAUAUUUGACGUUGAAAAAUACUUGUAUCUUUGUACAGAUAAGAUUUAGAUCCUUGCUGCAAAUGAAGAAAGAUAGACAUGCUUUUCUUGAACUCAUAUCUGCUACAGUAUUUAUACAGAGACGAUUUAGAGCAAAUAGGUUGAUGGUUCAAGAACGAGAAAGUUAUCAACAACUUAGGAAGGCUGCUAUCGUCAUUCAGCAACGGUUUAGAGCGAAUAGACUUUGCAAAGCAGGAAUACAGAAUUACCUAGCAUUUAGAAAAUCCUGCGUUUUCGUACAAAGGAGAUUCAGGGCCCUAAGAGAUGGCAGAAAAUGCAGAGAAAAGUAUUUGCAAAUGAAAAAGGCUGCUAUAACUAUACAGAGCACUUGGAGGGGCAUCCUUCAGCACAGGAAAUAUGUGCAUCUACGAAACGCCGUUAUUGCAAUUCAAAGGAACUUUAGAGAGAAACAAAGGCUUGUAUCGACUUGUACCGCAAUACAGAGACGAUUUAGGGCUAAUCGGCUGAUGGGAAUCGAAAGAAAAAGGUAUUUGGCCCUCAGGACCUCUGCGAUAGUUAUCCAGCGUAAAGUUAGAGCUAAAUUACUGUGCCGUGACAUGAGAGAAAGGUUUGUCGAGUUGAGACAGACGUGUAUAUUUGUGCAACAAAGAUGGAGAGCUCUUAGACAAGGCACUAUCGCUCGCUGGCAAUAUUUGGAAUUCAGGAAAGCUACAAUAAUAAUUCAAUGCACGUGGCGUGCUAAUGUACAACGCAGAAGGUAUUUGGUGAUGAGGAAUGCAACCAUUACAAUCCAGCACUGGUAUAGGGCGACAGCGUUAAUGAGGGCUAAAAGGCGGCGAUAUAUAGAAGUGAGAGAAGCAGCACUUAAAAUUCAAGGAUGCUACCGAGGAUAUUUGGUGAGAAAAAGGCAACAAGCAUUUAAACGAUCCAUAAUUGGGAUUCAGACAUUUGCUAGAGGGUUUUUGGUCCGCAAAUGGAUCGCAGAGGGACUAGAGAAGAUAUUGCAGCAGAGAAAGCAGGUUCUGGCAGCAGUCAAGAUCCAGGCCUCAUGGAAAGGAUUCAUAUGCAGAAAACGUUUGGGUAAAAAGCAUUAUGAGAUCAGAAAAAGAGUUCUAAAAGAGGGAAAAUGUGCCACUACAGAAAAUACAUUAGGUAUGAGGGGACAGAAAGCAAUGACUGUACUGGAAACAGACAACACUUUGUACACCAUCAUAAAUGCAUUAGAAGUUAUUGAUCUGGUUACUAGAAGGAGUUCCAAACUCUGCACGGAUUACAGUAAAACACUGCCAAAACUUCUAACGGGCAUAAUGGGAUCAAUCAAUCGCUCAUUACCAGAGACCCAAGCCUGCAUAAUCAGUACAAACAUCAUGAUCAAUUUCUACAAACACAAAGACUCCAGACCGUUCAGCGUUGUGCCUGAAAGCUUAGACGCCUUUUUUAAAAUUAUGCUGCACUUUUGCGACAAAGAAUGCGAACUGUUCCCCUCUCUAUGUACGCUUCUCUGGUUAUAUGCACAUGAUGCAAAUUGGAAAAGGGUUAUUCGGGGUGUACCGGAUAUAGAGCAUAUAUUGAUGAAGAUUCAAGAUUUGGUUAUUCGAAAGAAAAAUAUGUUACAAAAAACCACCACAAAACAGAAAUCAGUGUUUGUAGCAGAAAGAUGCAAACUACCGAAUUUGAACGCGGAUUGGGGAUACGAGCUAAAUAACAAACCAUACAAGUUUCAUAAUUCCAUAUUUGGAUUUGAACAGUUAUUAAAGAUUUUAGAUUAUUGAUGUUUUUAUAUAUCAUGUAUUGUACAAUAUUAUUCAAGUUUUAUUAUACUGAUUGUUUUAAUUUUUGAAUAUACGCCCUUUUGAUGCACUUUAUUUUUUAUCUCUCUAAGAUUCGUAAUUCCAUAUUUGUAUUUGAACAGUUAUUAAAUAUUUUAGUUUACUGAUGUUUUUAUAACUAUCACUACAAAAAAAAAAAUGAAAUGAAAAAUGUAUGUGAAUUUAAUUAAUAGUUAUUAUUCAUAAUUCCAUAUUUGGAUUUAAACAGUUAUUAAAGAUUUCAGAUUAGUGAUGUGUUUUGUACUAUAUUAUUCAAGUUUCAUUAUACUGG